AUGCAACAACAUGUGGCAUCAGCACCUAGAAUUGUGAUGGGCAUAUUCACAGUAUUUGCUGGUGUUCUGUAUGGCCACACCGGAUUUGAUGUUUUUAUCAAUGGAUAUAAAUCUAAAAAUUGGAAACAAACAAUCGGAACUGUUGUUCAAGAGGAAGGUGAAACUUAUAACCCAUACGAUCCGAACAAACUGAUAGUGCCAACAAUUCAAUAUAAUGCCGAUCAAAAGGUGUUAGAUCCAGAUACCAAUCAACAAGUAACAAUUCAUAGACAAUUUAUCAAUAGAAAUUAUUCAUAUUCUUUUUUCGGAUUAUCGAGGAAAGAUGUGAAGGAAUUGAAAUUGACCGAUCACCUCAUACCAAAUACUAAAGUUAAACUUUUCUAUGAUCCACAAGAUCCAAAGGAAAGUGUAGUAGUUCCAGGAAUGUCAUAUGGUACUUUACAAACAAGUGCUUUGGGAAUUGGUUGCAUACUUUCAGGAUUGACUUUUGGAUUGGCUAAGGAGGAUAUUUUGAGUUGGAGUGGAUUAAGGAAAAACAAAUUGGCAGGUGGAAUUUUUGGAUUUUCAAUGUUGCUAAUGCUAUCGAGUUUCUCAAUUCCAGUAUUUGUGAAACGACAAGUUUUUGAGGGUACUGAAGAAGAGAGAAAAGCUAGGUGGAUAGAUCCAUACAUUGUAAAGGCAGAAGAGACUUCCAGUAAUAAGUAA